GACUCAUUACGGUAAAUUCAGUUCUCCGACUGAUCAGGAAAAUCAAUGAGACUUUAAUGUUUUAUUGUCGCCUUCGUGCUCGAUGAAAUCUGCAGUGUUCUUCCCAGAGAGUUACAGUGGCAGGUGUUGACGUCCAGGUAUGAAGCUCCAGGACUCUGGAAUCCUCCUUCUGUCGUGUGUUUUGAUUUUUCACCUGGAUUUUCUUAUUGUUAAUGCAGCUGAAAAUGACACCAUGUGCCCUUGUAGUUGCGAUUACAUGGACAAGAUUGAGUACUGGAAGAACAAGAGCAACGAAUACGCCAACAAGACACUGAUUGAGAUCUACAAUGAGUUGCUCCCUCAGCUAGAGGCCACAAAGAAGGCCCUGGAGGAGGAUAAGACACAACUGUCGUCCUACCAGGCCAAGAAGACCAGCGCCGCGGACUCCCGCCCGUCCGCAAAACAGGUCGGCAGUACAUUCGGCAUCAUCUUCAUUAGUAUAUUCCUUGGCUUGGUCAUCGCCUUCGACUUGUCUUCUUAUAAACGCCAUCUUAGAACCAUUCGAUUCUGUCGACGGAGACUGUGAUUUAUUCAAGUGCAUCAAUAUGCCCAUGGUAUGUUGCUACGACAAAGCUUCAAUUUUAUCAACAUUACAACUGUACUGAACUUAACGCAUGAUACCGGUAUUCAAUAAACAAGAACUCUGUACUGUUAUUCCCUGAACAGGUUCCGUUGCCACCACUCGCACUGACUGUUUUACAUGUUGUAUCUCUAUAUCUGAAACUGAUCUCAAUAGAUUAUUGCUCCAUAUAUUGUUGAACGUUAUGUGGAUUCUACCCUUACUGAAAAAAAUCAACCCGCUAAUGGAGAGAUCAAUGCCUAAACGCGUGAUACAUUAGAAACCGGAUGUUGGAUUCUGGGAGACUUUAUUUAAACUGGUGCAAUAACGGAAUUGGUUUAGAAAUUGUGGAAAUUGAACACGAAUCCUUAAGUAUGCUCUAGACAAAAUGGGGUCACGAUUAUAAAUUUUAAUCAAAAUAAAAUUUUACUUAAUUUCAUGUAUUUGUAUAUUUAAAUCAUUAAUUUAUAUUUGGCCAUGUUGUAAUUUCUGAAUUUGUGACUAGUUGCUGUGAAAUGUAAGUACUGCCUUUUUUUAUUGGGUGUCUUAGUACUAAUCAUUGUAUACAAUCAAAACGAAUUUCAUUACAUGAUAAAUUACAUAUAUUAAAUCUGAAAGUGAAAAAAUGAA